AUGAGGCUCGAUACCCGGCGCCGGGCGGCCCCACGGCAAGUACUGCUCCUCGCCUGCUUCUUCCCUUUGUUCUGCCGCGCGGCCCCGGAGCUGACUCGCUACUCGAUCCCCGAGGAAAUGGCCAAAGGCUCCCUCGUGGGGAACCUCGCCCAGGAUCUGGGGCUGGAGCUGAGGGAGCUGCCGCUGCGGAGGCUCCGUGUCAGUUCGGAACAGCAGCACUUCAGUGUGAAUGGGGAGAACGGGGACUUGUCUGUGAAUGGCCGCAUAGACCGGGAGGAGAUCUGCGGGGCUUCGCAGCCCUGCGUUAGAACUAUACAAAUCGUGGCCGAAAAUCCCCUGAACGUUUUCCACGUGACUGUGGCCGUGCAGGACAUUAACGACAAUGCCCCGCGGUUCCUGCAAGACGCCAUCGCUCUGCAGGUCAGCGAGUCCAGCUUGCCAGGGGCUCGCUUUGCCCUGGGAAAAGCGGAGGAUCCUGACGUCGGGGUGAACUCUCUGCAGCGCUACCAGCUGAGCCCCAACCAGUACUUCCGCCUGGAGGCCAAAGAGAGCCAGGACGGCAGCAAAUACGCGGAGCUGGUGCUGCAGAAAGCCCUGGAUCGGGAAAGCCAGCGCAGCCUCCACUUGACCCUCACGGCUGCGGAUGGGGGGGAGCCGCCGAGGACCGGGACCGCCCAGAUACGCAUCAAUGUCACCGACAUCAACGACAACCCGCCCCUCUUCCCUCAGGAGCUCUACAGAGUGAGCCUGAGGGAAGGUGCCCCGGCGGGCUCCUUGCUGCUCCAGCUCCAAGCCUCCGACCAGGACGAAGGUUCCAACGCUCAGAUCAGCUACGUCUUCAGCAACGUUCCGGAGAAGGCGCGUCAGAGAUUCAGUCUGGACCCGGACACCGGGAAACUGACGGUAAAGGAGCCGUUGGACUUCGAGGAGUCCCGGGGCUACACCCUGGUGGUGGAAGCGAAGGACGGAGGCGGACUAGUGACACACUGCAAGGUGGAGAUAAGGGUUCUAGAUGAGAACGACAAUGCUCCCGAGGUGACCCUGACAUCCCUGCCCAGCCCCGUUCCCGAAGACUCUGUGCCCGGGACAGUGAUCGCGCUGGUCAAAGUUAGAGACCGAGAUGAAGGAGAAAACGGGAAGUUCUCCUGUCACUUAGAAGAAGAUUUGCCCUUGACAAUAAUAUCGUCUUCCACUAGCUACUACAAGCUGGUUACGGUCAGCACCCUGGACAGGGAGCGGGCCCCGGAGUACAACAUCACAAUCACGGCCACAGACAAGGGCUCCCCCCCGCUCUCCACCCAGAAAACCAUCCUCUUGCAGAUCUCGGAUGUCAAUGACAACGCCCCUGUCUUCGAGAAACCUUCCUACAGCGCCUACGUGCCCGAGAACAACCCCUCGGGGGCCUCCAUUUUGAGCGUCAAAGCCUCAGACCGGGAUCUGGACGGCAACGCCCGGGUCACUUACUCCAUCCUGCGCAGCAGCAUCCAGGAGGUGCCUGUCUCCUCCUACGUGUCCAUCAACUCCCAGACUGGAGCGCUGUACGCGCAGCGCUCCUUCGACUACGAGCAGUUCCGGGCGUUCGAGCUGCAAGUGAAGGCCCAAGACGGCGGGUCGCCGCCUCUCAGCAGCAACGUCACCGUCAGCGUGUUUAUCCUGGAUCGGAACGACAACGCCCCUCGCAUCCUGUAUCCCUCGCUCGGGCCCGAGGGCUCGGCCGUGUUCGAGAUGGUCCCUCGCUCUGCCGAGGCGGGUUAUCUGGUGACGAAGGUGGUGGCGGUGGAUGCGGACUCGGGACACAACGCCUGGCUCUCCUACCAUGUGCUGCAGGCCACGCAGCCGGCGCUCUUCCGGCUGGGGCUGCACAGCGGGGAGAUCCGGACCGCGCGCGCCUUUGCGGACAGAGAUGCGGUGAAGCACCGGCUGGUCGCCCUGGUGAAGGACAACGGGCAGCCGCCUCUCUCCGCCACCGUGACUCUGAGCCUGGUGUUCGCCGAGAACUUCCAAGAGGCUCUUCCGGAAAUGAGCGACCGGUCGGCUGAGUCGGCGCCGCAGUCUGAUUUGCAGUUCUACUUGGUGUUGGCCUUGGCCUUGGUCUCGUUUCUCUUCCUCCUGACGGUGACACUGGCCAUUGCGAUGAGAUUGCGGCGGUCAGGAAAUCCCCAGUUACUUCAGUGUUUUGGUCCUGAGCCUUAUUCCAAGACGGGCUCCAUGUUCCCACCAAGCUAUGAAGAUGGGACUUUGCCUUAUUCCUACCAGCUGUGUUUGUCCUCGGAUGCCGGGAAGAAGGAAUUUACUUUCCUGAAAUCCAGCGUGCCGAGGGGCGGGAAUAUUCUGUGCGGUGACAGCUCUGGGAAGGUGUUUGCGGGCGAUGGAUCUGGUGUGGAGCUAAUGAAUUAUAGUUACACAUCUUCCUCUUGUGUUAGAGUUUUCCUGGAAGCUAACAGCCUCCUUCUAUACUCGGUAUUAAAUACACCAGACUGA